AUGGAGGACGCGGAGGCGACCAAGGCAAAGGUCGAGAAGAUGCAGCUGGGCGCCGUCAAGGACGUCCGCAGCGUGGCCAGCUUGAUGCAGACGCUGGAGCCCGUUCUCGAGAAAAUCAACCACUACCGAUCGCAGCCCACGGCGCAGCAGACGGGCGUCGGCAACAUCGAGGACCACCCCGAGUACCACCUGUUGACGCAGUCCAACAGCCUUUCGACCAUGAUCGACGGCGAGGUCGCGCUGGUGCACAAGUUCAUCCGCGACCACUACUCAACACGGUUCCCCGAACUGGAGCGCCUCGUCACGACGCCGCUGGAAUACGCAAAGGUGGUGGCCAUUAUCGGCAACGGCCCGAUGGACGCAGAGAACAUCAAGGCGCUCCAGACCUCCACAGACAACCCCCUGGGUGUCGGAUUGAAAGCCGUCCUCGACGGGCCGUCACUCAUGAUUGUGACGGUAGAAGCCACAACCUCCAAGGGCCGUGAGAUGGCGCCCGAAGAGCUGCAGCGAGUGCGCCAGGCCUGCGAAAUGAUGAUUGCCCUGCACCGGGCGAAGCAGACCCUCACCGAAUACGUGCAGUCGCGCAUGAACAUCUUUGCUCCUAACCUGACAGUCCUCAUCGGAUCCCUCACGGCCGCGCAACUCUUGAACGCCGCCGGUGGCUUGACGGGCCUCUCCAAGACACCAGCGUGCAAUAUCCCCUCCUGGGGCUCCAAGAAACGGCAGGCCGGCCUGGCCACCAACAUUGGCAUCCGCCAGCAAGGCUACCUCUACAAUUCCGACAUCAUCCGCGGCAUCCCCAGCGACCUGAAGAAGCAGGCGAUGAGAAUCGUGGCCGCCAAACUCGUCCUCGCCGCGCGAGUAGACCGCAUCCACUCGAGCCCCGACGGCUCAACAGGAGAGCAGCUCAAGUCCGCCUGCCUGGAGAGGCUGGAGAAGCUGACGGAACCCCCGCCGAACAAGGGCCAGCGAGCGCUGCCGGUGCCGGACGACAAGCCCGCCCGAAAGCGCGGCGGCCGCCGCGCCAGGAAGGCCAAGGAGGCGCUCGCCAUGACGGAGCUGCGCAAGGCGCAGAACCGCAUGGCGUUUGGCAAGGAGGAAAAGGAGGUGGGCUACGGCACGGGUGAGGGCACC